UGAAGCUAGCAUGUUGAAACUGUGCUGCAUUCGCGUGACGUGGUUCAUAUCCGGGAGCAAAAACAGAUUCGUGGAUUUUUAAAACUACACAUGCGGAGGAUGGACGUGACGCCCGGCCGGCCGCUGCUGCUGCUGCUGCUGCUGCUCUCUGCAGCCGUGUGGUCGGUUCCCAUCGAGCGUAACGGAGGAGACCAGGAGCCCAAGCAGGAAGCCCAGGAGGAGAACAUGGACACGGGGCUGUACUACGACCGGUACCUCAGGGAGGUGAUCGAGGUUCUGGAGACGGACCCUCACUUCAGAGAGAAGCUGCAGACGGCCAACACCGAGGACAUCAAGAACGGUCGUCUGAGUAAGGAGCUGGACCUGGUGGGCCAUCAUGUGAGGACCCGUCUGGACGAGCUGAAGCGGCAGGAAGUGUCUCGCCUCAGGAUGCUGCUGAAGGCCAAACUGGACAGCACCAACACUCAGAGUCUGCAGAUGGACCACACCUCGUUGCUGAAGCAGUUUGAACAUCUGGAUCCUCACAACCAGAACACCUUUGAGGCCAAAGACCUGGAGCUGCUCAUCUCCACCGCCACUAAGGACCUGGAGAACUACGACGCAGAGCGGCACGAGGAGUUCAAGCGCUACGAGAUGCUGAAGGAGCACGAGAGGCGGGAGUACCUGAAGGGCCUGGACCAGGAGAAGAGGGACCAGGAGGAGAAGAGACUGCAGGAGCUGAAGGAGAAGCACCGGCAGCAUCCUAAGGUCAACGCUCCGGGCAGCGUCGCUCAGCUGCGGGAGGUUUGGGAGGAGACGGAUGGAUUAGAUCCUCAGGAGUUCAACCCUAAAACCUUCUUCAAACUACACGACACCAAUGAGGAUGGAGUUUUAGAUGAGCAGGAGCUAGAGGCUCUCUUCACCAAAGAGCUGGAGAAGGUCUACGACCCGAAGAACGAGGAGGACGACAUGAUGGAGAUGGAGGAAGAACGGCUGAGGAUGAGGGAGCAUGUCAUGAAAAAUGUGGAUCUAAACAAAGAUCGACUCGUCAGCCUGGAGGAGUUCCUGCGAUCCACCGAGAAGAAGGACUUUAAUAAUCCCAAAGAGUGGGAGACGCUGGAUGCGAAGCCGCUGUACACGGAGGAAGAGCUCCAGCGAUUUGAGGCGGAGCUUCGGGACAAAGAGGAGGAGCUGAAGAGGAAGGCAGAGACUCUUCAUCAGGAGCAGGAGCUGCUGAAGGAGAGAGGAAAAGCCCUGGAGGCGCAGAAAAGAGAAUAUCAGCAGGCGGUUCUAGAAAUGUCUCAGAGGCAGAAAGAGCAGCAGGCCGCCGGUAACGGGCCGCCUCCUGCAGGUCCUAACGGAGAGCUGCAGUUUCAGCCGCAGACACAGAAACCUGAAGAGGCCAAGGCUCCUGCAGAGGCCCAAAGCAAUCUGCCUGCAGAACCUCCUCAGAACCUGCCCGUACACACUUAGAGCAGCACACCGAGGCGCGUGUGUGAAACGGGAAUAAAAUAAGUUACACGGUUAUAAAAGAAGACGAACCAGCUUGUUGAUCAUGACAUGUUUGCUGUGUGUUCAUCUCUGUGGUCUAUAUUAGAUUAAGGACUUAAAACACACCAGGUUUUAGUGCAUGUAUGUUCAGGUAUCUUCAGUUUCAGUGAAGUUUUAAUUCAUGCAAUGUUGUCUGUGUGAUAUAAGAAAUAAAUCUUUAAUUGAGAGCCUCCGAA